AUGCUCGACGAGAAUCUCCCCACAUUCUACCUCAAACCGGUCAAGGACUCCCAUUUAUCGACCGUCUAUCUUCUCCAGUAUGGCAACGAACCUGACCCAGCGUACUCCCUCCGCUAUCCUGACCCACUGUCCCCCGAUUCCAAAAAUCGCUUCGCCGCAGCCCUCUACGACCCCUACAUACCCGACGUUGUUUACGGCGAGGUCUUGAUAAUACCAGAAUGGACUCAGCCAACGCUAUCCGCUGAAGCUAUCCGCCAGAAUGGCGGCGUUGCCCCUUCGCCGGAGCCUAUCCUCCCUACCCGCUUCACCAUUCAACUCUACAACCCAGACCAACAGGUCAUCGUGCAUUACAAGCCAAAGACAUGGAAUAGCCCGCCUUCGUGGUCUUUUGAGAUGCCGCAGCACAGCUUUCGGGAGCCCACCGGUUCUACUCUUGACCGCGUCCAGAUUGAUCCUGCCGUCGCGGACACGACGCCCAAGCUGCGUUUUAUAUGGAGGAAGGAUAGCAAACUGUCAAAGGAUCUUACAUGCCUGCUUCGUGGAAAAACUACUGCUAUCCCAGAAACCAAGACCAAAAGCAAAGAGCCAGAUAUCACUGUGUCCAUUUUUAAGAGCUUGCGCGAGCUAACCUUGUACGAACCGAACCUAUACCGCGUCGAGAUGGAAGACUUUAAGGGCUUAGAAGUUGUGCUCCUGCUUGGAGCUAUCACCAUCCGUGAUAUCUAUUUCGCAAGUCCCAAGGAGGCGUUCCGCAUCUCGAGACAGAACUCCGCAUCUGUCUCACCGACUUCCAACUCUCCCACAACCACUCCGCCGGCAAACAGACUGCCCGCCAGUCCCGGAGGCCUGGUGACCGAUAUUCCAUCCGCGCCUCAACCCCCACCAGUCCGUAGUCCACUGCUUACGAAGCAACAGGAGCAGGCGCGGAUGGAGGAAGAACGACAAACCAAAAGACUACUUGAAGAAGAGGAGAAGGUCCGUCGGAGACGACAGGCCGAGGUCGACAAGGAAACGCGCCGAUUACAAAAGCUUUACGGCGAAGAGGAAAGGAAAGCUCGCACGCAGACUCCAUCCCUACCUCCAAGACAACCCGCACAGCAAAUUCCAAACCCAGCCCUGCGCCCAUAUUCUCAGUAUAAUCACGGUCGCCCCCCUAUGCCGCACGGAGGCUCGCGGCCGUAUCUUCAAUUGCCCGGUCAGAUGUCUACAAUGUCCUUGCUGACGCCACCAGUGGCUGGACCACAAGCCGCUGCGAAACCGCUGCAGAACAAGCGGAGUAGCUUUUUUGGGCUACGACGAGUCUCUGAGGAAGGAAAGUUGACCAAAAAGCGUAGCUCCAUGUUUUGA